AUGCCUGCUGUUAAGUUAUCGCAGACAGGCCACAAAUUCCAGGAAUGGAUAUUCACUCACCCAUGGAUCAAAAAUUUAGUCAAAUUGCCCACCGAGGAGAUCUCUCUCAUGAGACCGGUUCGCCAGAUCAUUCCAAAAUUAACGACAAACGAUCUUAAGAAUCCUACGCGGAGCAAAAGAGUGCUCAAGAACAAGACACACUUUGCCAAAGUAAUGAAAUUCUACAGUGUCCACAACUAUAAGGUGUUUGCUUGCAUUCGUGACAGCGAAUGCCAGUUGCUUGUUGAGUUUCACCCUGAAUGUGUUUCUUAUUUUGAACGAUUCCACCAUUGCAGGAUAACCUCGGGUACGGUAAAUUGUCUCUUUGUUAUAGGAAACUGUGAUUUGGAAUACAGAUCGGUUGCCCGUGUUAACGAUGAGUUUCGUAUCAAUAUACUGCCCAGAAAACAAAAGUUGAUGGAUCAAAUACCUGUUUUGGUUAUUAAUCAAGCCACAGUUGCGGAUUGGGGUCAAAUGGAGGCACAGACAACGUUUCCUUUUGUUCAUCAGGAGGUAUAA